GGAGCUCCUGGCGGCUGCGGGCGCCCGCGCCCGGGCUGCGCUCACACUCCCACGGGCGGUGCUCCCUCCGCCGCCGCCGCCGCCUUGUCACUCUGGGCUCUCCCCUGCUCGGCUCUGCGCUCGCCUCGCCUCGCCUCGCCUCGCCCUCUCGCUCGCCCGCUCGCCUAGAUGGCGGAGGACAGCGAGUCCGCCGCCAGCCAACAGAGCCUGGAGCUCGACGACCAAGACACCUGCGGGAUCGACGGAGACAAUGAGGAGGAGAUGGAGCACGCCCGCGGAAGUCCUGGAGGGGAUUUGGGCGCCAAAAAGAAAAAGAAGAAACAGAAGAGAAAAAAGGAGAAACCAAAUUCUGGAGGCACAAAGUCAGAUUCGGCAUCUGAUUCCCAGGAGAUUAAAAUUCAACAGCCUUCGAAAAAUCCGGCCAUUCCAAUGCAGAAGCUGCAGGAUAUUCAAAGGGCAAUGGAACUUCUCUCUGCAUGCCAGGGCCCCGCCAAGAGCAUUGAUGAUGCUAACAAACGGAAAUAUCAGUUUUGGGAUACACAGCCUGUACCCAAGCUUCAUGAAGUAGUUACAUCUCACGGUGCAAUUGAACCAGAUAAGGACAACAUCCGUCAAGAACCGUAUUCUUUACCCCAGGGUUUCACAUGGGACACCUUAGACUUGAGUCAUUCUGAAGUACUCAAGGAGCUGUACACGCUGUUAAAUGAAAACUACGUGGAAGAUGAUGACAACAUGUUCAGGUUUGACUACUCCCCCGAGUUCCUCUUGUGGGCUCUUCGUCCUCCAGGCUGGCUGCCUCAGUGGCACUGUGGAGUUAGGGUUUCUUCAAACAAAAAACUAGUGGGAUUCAUAAGCGCCGUCCCAGCUAGCAUCCGGAUCUAUGACAGUGUGAAGAAGAUGGUAGAAAUAAAUUUUCUCUGUGUUCAUAAGAAGUUGAGAUCAAAACGGGUAGCCCCAGUGCUAAUUAGAGAAAUAACUAGAAGAGUCAACUUGGAGGGGAUUUUUCAAGCUGUUUAUACAGCAGGAGUGGUGCUUCCCAAGCCGGUGGCUACUUGCAGAUACUGGCAUCGAUCACUAAAUCCCAGAAAAUUGGUAGAAGUGAAAUUUUCUCACUUGAGUAGAAAUAUGACUUUACAGAGAACAAUGAAGCUAUACAGACUUCCUGAUGUCACAAAGACUUCAGGUUUGAGACCGAUGGAGCGGAAAGACAUCAAAGCUGUGCAAGAAUUAAUUAACAACUAUCUGAAGCAGUUUCAUCUUGCCCCAGUGAUGAAUGAAGAGGAAGUGGCCCAUUGGUUUCUGCCUCAGGAUCACAUUAUCGACACAUUUGUAGUAGAGUGCUCAAAUGGUGGGUUAACUGACUUCCUGAGCUUCUACACGCUCCCUUCCACUGUCAUGCAUCACCCUAUUCAUAAAAGCCUAAAAGCUGCUUAUUCCUUCUACAACAUUCAUACUGAGACUCCACUAUUGGACCUAAUGAAUGAUGCACUUAUUAUAGCUAAAUUGAAAGGAUUUGAUGUAUUCAAUGCACUAGAUUUGAUGGAAAAUAAAACAUUCCUAGAAAAACUCAAGUUUGGUAUAGGAGAUGGUAAUUUACAAUAUUAUUUGUACAACUGGCGGUGUCCAGGAACAGAAUCUGAAAAGGUUGGUCUUGUUUUACAGUAGAAAGACAUUUUCAUUUCUAGAACUCUGCAAUCAUCAUUUGAGUUGAUGUUCUAUUUAACAAAUCCCGGAACCACUGUUCCAAAGAAUAAAAGCACAACUUAAGUGAAAGCAAAGUGAUCUGUAAAUCUGAAAAUAUGAAGAAAAUCCAUACCUGACCAAUUUGACUUAUUUUUGGUUAUUUUCAAACAAAAAAUUGAUCUAACUUUUACAAUCCGUUGCUGGAAGGAAGUAGGGGAAGAAAGGUACAAAGAGCACAUUCCUCUUAUUUUCAGAGCUUUGGUUGCCUCUUGACAAGAGAAGGUAUUUUUCCACUGUAGAAAAUGAACUGUUUUUAUACAAACUGAACUGCAGUGAUGGAUUAAUGUAAGAAAAUCUUUGCUAAUACACAGAUAAACUGCUGCAUUUCUAUUUAUUAAGUGGUACUGUUUGUCAGUGUUACAGGAUGAUGGAUUCAUUCUGAAUAUUUCUGCUUAUUCAUUUCACAUGGAUAUUAUUUGCGCAGACUUAUGGAGGCCAAUACUUUUGUAGCUCAAGUGAGAAGUCUUGGUAAUUGUUUAAGUGUGGAGCAGUAUACAAAUGCACUGGGUUGACUGGUGCAUUUAUUUAUCCAAUAAGCAAUGCUGCCAAGUCAAUAAAAACACAGAUUUGUACUUUACUCUUCGAAAGACCAGUGGAUUGAAUCAGUAGCACUGAACUACUUGGUGCAAACAUUACAUGUGCGGUCUGAAAGAUUACACAUUCCUUACUACGUUACAGCUACUGUCCAAUUUUAGAUUUUUCCUAAAGGCAAUGUGAGGGAAGGAUCCCAAACAAAAAAAAGAAAACCCAGUAGAAUUUAUUAUGCUAUUGGGGCAUUGAUAGUUUGAAUGUUUCCAUUGCUUAUGCAAAAUUGCACAAAUUCCUUUAUGCCAACUAUAUCAUGACAUCUGUCAUUCUAAUGAAAAUCUUAUUUGUAAAUAAGUAUUCAUAAUUUUGUUACUGAUGGUGUUUUUAUCCAGAGUUUGAAGCAAGGUUUCACUGUAUAAUAUAUGUGUAUAUAAUAUAUAUAUAUAUAUAUUGCCAAUAUUCAGAAGAGAGGGAGCUGCUAAAUGAGGCCUUGUAAUUGGCCUUGACUUAAAUACCACAAAAGUACAUUCUUCUUUUCUUACAAUUAAGCGUAGUUUCUAAAGUUCUUCAUUUCACAUUUAUUUACAAGUAUGUUAUGGCAUUUCUCUUGAUAAAAGCUAAGAGAAAUUAAAAUAACUUUCCCACUUUGUAAGGUAUGAAAGCAAGCUGAGGGGCCUGAAGCUUUUAUCCUAGUUGAACCAGGGCCAGAAGAACAUGUGAUCUCUAAACCUACCACUAGAGGGGCUUAUUGGACUACUGGGUCUACAGGCAGAGGAGUCAAACACCACUGUCAGCAACACUUCUGCUUGUGACUAGAAGUGUAUUAAAAUCUAAUUGAGAAACAUUUAACAAAAUAAACAAAAACACAAUAUAGCAUAGGUAAUGUUAAUAUGAGAUUUUCUAAGUCAACAAGAGGACCACAGGGAUCCUUCUAUACAGUUUAGUAGCCGACAGAGUGUUUCAAAAGUUUUAGUGCUAUUUUAAACUAUUAAAGUUUAUUAUACAGGGUGUCCUAAAAGUUUCAAUGCAGUUUAAAACUAUUAAAGCUUAAUGCUGCACAAAGACCUUUUGGGAUAGUAUAUAUCUUUGGAAUUGCAUUUCUUUCCAACACUACUCCCAAGGGAUCUCUUUUAUAUAGUUACAAUAUAUCCUUUUCACAACAGGAACGAAGGUAUUCUAAUUCAUGCUGGAAAGGCGGCUUCAAAAAGCAACAAAAAAAAUGUUUUGACCAACAACCACUUUGACCUUAAAAUAUUUUUGAGGACUUAAAAAAAAAUUUAUUUGACAUUCUGGAAUUUUGGCAUUAACUUCUUUUAAGGUAAAACUAUCCCACUUUUACUGACUCAAUAAAUGACUAGAAUGAGGUCAAGAAAUUAGCUCUGACAGUAUUUUACCCUCUUUUAACUUUAUCCAGAUGCUAUUUCAAAAACAAGCAGAAUAAAUCACUGACUCAUUCUACCCUUUACAAUAGGACAUUCAUGCCUAUCCCAUCCCUGUAUAUGAUUUAAGUACAUUACCAGUAAAUAUGCCAAAAUAAACUUUGUGUAAAACUACCCAUAUUCAGUUUAAAAAAAAAUAGACUGGAAAUCAUGGAACUUUAGACCUUGAGUCUGCAUGUAACACAACUACUUCAACCAGUGCACAGACUAAAAGGUUAAGUUGACCUAUUAUAGUCACACAGUUCAGUGAGAGCCUGGCCUAAAAGUACUGAAUUAUCACCAAUGUAUUUUAUAAAAUUUAAGAAACUACCACACAUAUAAUCCCCAAAUUUUCUGUUCUAUUAAAACCAAAAAUUAUAUCUAGCUAAAAAGCACCUUUGAGAUUUACUAUGAAUAAAUUCUCUCAACAAACAUAAAGAGUAAACCUCCAAGUAGAACUUCAACAUUCAAACCACUUAUAUAUUUUUUUGUUUUUUGGUUUUUGCGGGGCAAUGGGGGUUAAGUGACUUGCCCAGGGUCACACAGCUAGUAAGUGUCAAGUGUCUGAGGCUGGAUUUGAACUCAGGUACUCCUGAAUCCAGGGCCAGUGCUUUAUCCACUGCACCACCUAGCCACCCACCAAACCACUUACAUUUUGAUUGUAAAAAAUAAACAACUUGUCCCCUUCUGCAUUCACCUGUGUAUUUAGUUUUGUGGCCUUUCAGUUUUUCAAUACAAUUGUAGAACAGUUUGCUAA